GGCCUCGAGGUGUCUGGAGGCUCGCGCGGGGUCCAUGGGCGAGAGACUCAUCCAGAGACCUCUAGGGGCUCCUCAGGGACCGGACUCCUACUGACUUUGAAUCCGGCUUGACCUUAAGGCUGGGGCGGGGCGUGUGGCAUUGAACAAGUCUCACGGGGUGGGAGAAGUGGAGCCCGUCUCACUAGCUAGGAAUUUAGGGAAUGCCAAGGGACCUCGUAAAUAGGAGCCCGUAUGUAGUGACACACCAUCUGCAGGAGCAUUUCAUUUUCAAAGCAAUCCCGAGAGAGCAGGUAUUAUUAUUUGCCAUAAUGAAGAAACGGAAGCUCGGAAAUACAUUCUCCAAGGUCACGCAGCCAUUAAAUAAACGAUGGAGCUGAAAUUCAAAACCUAGGUCCGACUCUAAAGCCGAAACUUUUAGCCACUGUUGUCCAGUUGGAAAACAGUUGCCGUUUCGUUCGCCUUUCACUAUUUACAAAACCCGGACGAAUUUUACAGAGGAUAUUCACAAGGCUUAUCUUCAGUCAUGGCUUUGGGAUUAAAAUGCUUCCGCUUGAUCCAGCCUGCCUCUUGCAGUUACCUUGGAGUCUUGAUCAGACCUGUUUCAGAAGUUGCACUGAAGACAGUGGGUGGAAGACAGCCUGACCAUAGCCAACACAUGGCCUAUCAGGCUGUACCAGUUUGCCAUUUUGCAACCAAGAAAGCCAAAGCCAAAGGGAAAGGACUGUCCCAAACCAGAGUGCAUAUUAACACAGCUUUGGUUGAAGAUAUAAUCAGCUUGGAAGAGGUGGAUGAAGAAAUGAAGUCCUUGAUAGAAGUACUCAAGGAUAAUUUCAACAAGACUCUCAAUAUAAGGACCUCACCAGGAUCCCUUGAUCAAAUUACUGUGGUAACUGCUGAUGGGAAGCUUGCUUUAAACCAGAUUAGCCAAAUCUCCAUGAAGUCGCCACAGUUGAUUUUGGUGAAUAUGGCCAGCUUCCCAGAGUGUACAGCUGCAGCUAUCAAGGCUAUAAGAGAAAGUGGAAUGAAUCUGAACCCAGAAGUGGAAGGGACACUAAUUCGGGUACCCAUUCCUAAAGUAACCAGGGAGCACAGGGAGAUGCUGGUGAAAUUGGCCAAACAGAGUACCAACAAGGUGAAAGACUCGCUACGGAGGGUUCGCACUGAUGCAAUGAAUAAGCUGAAGAAGUCAAAGGAUAAGACUUCAGAGGACACCAUUAGGCUCAUAGAAAAACAGAUCAGCCAGAUGGCCGAUGACACCAUGGCAGAACUGGACAGGCAUCUGGCAGUGAAGACCAAAGAACUCCUUGGAUGAAAGUCCAGCAGGGCCAGCCACACUCCAGAGCCCAGGUUAUGAUGGAUCCCAUAGAUGGCAAAUUGGCCCCUCUGUCACUUGCUCCAUUCGUGUGGAAGGCUGGCACAGUGCUGUCAAUCCACAGGCGGCCCAGCCUUCUAGUUGGACACUCGGACUUGUCAUUCUUUUCCUCUUUCCCCUGCCCUCCCAUUCUGCUCUGAGCCGUCUAGCAAGAUGGCCCUCAGAGAUGCUCUGCUGUUGGCAAAAGAUCUUUACUCAGGCAUUUGCUUUAAUAGUGAUGUGGCCAAGGGAUUGGGACCCUUGGCAGCUUAGCACCACCUGAUCACCACCUUGGGAAUCUCCUCUUCAGACAGUGAGUCGGGGCCUGUCCCUGAUUUUAAACUCUGCUCAGACUCAUGUCAGCUUUCACUUGUGUCUAGGCCCCUUGUUAGAGGCUCAUUUUUACCAAGUGCUAAAAUCUAAAUAAAUUGGAAA